AUGAGCUUCUCUGGUCCUCUUAUGUCGGAAGACUUGAAAAAAGUCUAGGAAUAGCUAGCUUAAAUAAUGAAAUAAACUAGUAAAUAGAAAGCAAAGAAAACAGAUGAUUUUAGUGAAAGUAGAUCUCAGGAUUAUCAAAAUAAUGAGGAAGAUUAGACGGAAUAAAAAUAUAAAUAAAUGAUUUCAAACAGCUAAAAUAUCCCUGAUGUAGGACUAGUUGACCAAACAUCAGAUUUGAUGCAAAACAUAAUAAAGGUCAUGAAAGACUAAGAUUUAAAUAACUAACUAUAAAUAUUGACAGAUUAAGAAAUAUCUAAGCCAAUUACAGGAUUUGAUUUGAAAAAUGUGAUAAAUAGAAUGCAUUAGGGUAUUUCUGCUGAGUAAUAAAGAAUUUAGGGAGCAAGAAAUAGUAAUGCUGAUAGUAGGAAUAUAUCAAUGUGUCAAAGCAGUAUUUUAAAUAAAAGUGCUAAUUUUGGUAAGAGUAAGAGUAAAUCGCCAGCUCUUUCCUCAAGAACAAAGGCGAUAAUAAAUAAGAAGUAAAAAAAUGGUGAAUAUAAACCUAUAUACAAAAGAUUGGAUGAAAUCAAACAGCGCCAUGAAGAAACAAUAAUGAGAACAAAAGGGAUGUAUCCCAAAGUUGAAGAGCCAAUACCAUCAUUUCAUCCAUAAAUUAAAGAGCAUAAAUUUAAAAUCAUGUAACAUAAAAACAGACAAUAAUAAAAUUGGGAUGAGUUUCUCAAAGAAAUGAAAGAUUGGGAUGAAAAAAAAAUAUCAUAAAUCAAAUAAAGGCAAGCAGAAAAAGAAAUGAAAACAAAAGAGAUACAUACUUUUCGACCAGUGAUAAACCGCUCCACUUAAAACAUACUUGAAAAAUCUCCUUCUUUGAAAAAUGAUUAUGACCCUUAAAAUAUGCAAAAUGUAGUUAGUAGACUUUAUUCUAGAAUGAAAGAAAAGAAAUAGAGAGAGGAAUAAAGACUAAAAGAAAGUUUCUCUAAUUCUCCAUUUAGACCUAAAAUAAAUUAAAACUCUGAAAAACUAUUUUUUAAAAUGUGUAAUGGAAUAAAAGUUCCUUUAGAAGAAAGGAUGAAACAAAGAACUCCAAUUAAGAAUAUAAUAGAUACAACUCCUAGAAAUUUGACACCUUAGUAAGGGAAAGUACCAAAUACCUUAGAUCCCAUCAAAGAAGUAUAACAAUCAAAUAACUAAGUGCCUUCAUUUAAAAAUCAGGGUGAGUAGCUAAAUAAAUCACUUUAGCUUUAAAACAGUAUUAUUUCUAAUAAGACACUUACAAAAGAAGGUUUUUUACAAAAUAGCUCAGGACUUAAUCAAAGCAUUCAUAUUUAAAAAAACAUAUCCAAUAAUACAAAUUAACUUUCGUUGAGCAAUUGUUCUUUUUUAAACAAUAAUAACAAUGGGAAUUUAACAAAUACUAGUAAUAUUAACAAUAUAACUAUUUAAACUCCUGAAAAUAAGAAAUCAAAUGGUCUAAACACUUCAAAAUCAAUAAUAUUAAGUAAAAAUAAAGAAAAAAACCCAAAUAAUAAAAGUAUUCUCGGAUUAUCCACGAAAGCAACAAAUGAUACUUAGAAGGAAAACAAUUAUCAUAUUUUAAUAACAGAUGGAAAUCAAAGCAGUUAAGAAGAUUUAUAAAUAAAUAGAUCUAGCAUAGUUAAAAUAAAACCAAGUAAUUCCCCUUAAAGAGCUUCAACCUCUCAGAUAGAGCAAAAUAGAUUAGCUGCUUCCAAUUAAAAAUAGAAUCAACAGAAUCUUAGCUUGUAAAAUAGUACUUCUAACCUAGUUAAUUCAAAUAAAUUAUCGCAAUCAAUCAACCUCUUAAAUUAAAAAUCUGCUUAAAAAUAAGAAGAGCAAACCUCUUCUCCAUAAAAAGCAAAUGUAAACCUCACUUACAAUAUCAGAUCCCCCAAGCUAAAUCAUUCUCCCUUGAAAAAAUCUGCUUUGAACUAUACUAUGACAGUACAGAAUAUCAAAGCAUAAACAAAUAAGCUUUCUUCAGCCAGCAAAUUUGAAGUUCUAAAUACAUAAAUCAGUCCACUCAAAGAUCUUGAUAACUAAAACGACAUUGAAUAUGGUUAAAAUUUAAAAUAUAUUAUUAACCUUCUCAAAAAAGAAGAUCCCUCCUUCUCUUAAUAAAAAAAUUCAAUAAUGCAAUCCUAACAUUAAAAUUCUUAAAGUAGUCUCCAAAUAUAGAAUAAAAUAUAAAAAUCACCACAAAAGAAAAAAUGA